AUGGAUUCGUCAGAAGUGGACGGACGAGUCAACGUCAAUACAACAUGCCGAGAUAAUUUAAGCAAAUCAAUAAGCGAAGAAUUAAAUAGAUCUAUUAGUGAAGAAACUGUGAGUGAAGAGAACAAAGAAGUAAAGGAGGAAACACUCGUAGAGAAAAGAGACUCGGAACAUAGUAUGGAGGUUAAAAGUAAGGCCAGUGAGACCAAAAGUGAAGUUUCAAGGGUAGCUGAAGUGGUAAACGAAAUUCAAGAAAUUCACGGUGAAUACGAUGAAGAAAUGAAUUCCGUGGAUCACAGUUACGUACUGAGCGAGCAAACGCCAGCAGGGGUCAAGAACGUAUUCGUCAGGAAAGUCCUCUUCAUUUUCAUUAUUGAAGCAAUCAUUUCGCUGGUCGGAAGCACGUUCCUGUUCAUGCUCGAAUCGAGAGUUUUCUUCGAGAAAAACUGGUACCUGGGAGUAGUGGCAAUUGGAAUCAUAUUCAUAUUCGGAAUAGUGGUGGCGGCAAAGCGGGAAAUUGUCAAAAACAGAACGGUGCGCUGGGUGUCUGUUCCGAUUGGGUUGAUUUUGAUCAUACUUGCCAUCACCUGCUUGAACUCGGUUCUAAUAACCGCGGAACUGAUUCUAUCCCAUUUCGUCGUCGAUAUGGUGUUCAUAGUGGCGAUAUUCUUUACAUUCCAGAAGAAAGUGGCGUUUACGAGUGUGUACGGUAUCGGAUUCGUUGUUGCAUUGCUGAUUUUGGGAUACGGCAUAGUAGGAAUACUCUUAGCCUACAGGCACUGGGAAUACGCAAUUUCGGCGCUCGCGGGAUCCGCAAUUGCCCUCUACGUCGCGAUUGACAUUAGACUGAUUGUUAACGGAAAUAAAAGAGAAAAGUAUACAGUCGGAGAAUACGGAGCUGUGAUACUCCUAUUGUACAUAGAUUACAUAGUCAGAAUCGUGGACGGCUUUAAAAGCAUUUGCUCCAGAAAAAAGGAGUCAAAAGACGAGAUUCUAGAGAGUUAA